GGAAACAAUCAUGGCCGAUGAAAACAACUUUCGGACCAACUGAUUAGAUUGAAGCUCGAGUCCGAUUGAGGUGCUAUAGAUUGAGAAUCGUAUACAACUACAAAAUUUAAAGUUUUCAACUAAAAUCAGCCGCCAUAGGUUGUUGCUCAGGACAGAGAUGAACGAGACUUCAAGAUCGUGUUCGGUCUGCAAGCAAUGAAAAGACAAUAUGUUAUAAAAUUGAAACUCAGGAACAAAACGUCUAAAACAGAAUGCCAGCCUACAUUUUACCCGUGGAGCAUACAAGGGCUUCAUUCUUGAAGCCACCAGAUGGACUUCGAUUCGGCAAUUUUGAUUGCAUGGUACACUUGCCCCCACCCCUUCCGUUAAAGACUUUGGGUCCGGCAACCCAGAGCUUUUCCUCAUUGAACAACCAGCAGAUAUAUAAGCUGGUAUGUGAGUGGUAUGAGGUCUGGCGACCAUGGCAACAACGAGUCUUGCUGUGUGGGAUUGUUGACAGGUGCUCCAUCAGGCAGGUUGACAUGCUAGCUACAACCCUGGAACCAAUCCGUCAUCGUGAUUACACGGUUGCUGUGCAACACCAAUACCCCACCACACCACUGAAGAAAACACGGGAUAACAAGCCAGGAAAAAAGAAAAAGAAGAAAUUACAGAAGAAAAAGAAAACAGUGAGAAGUGAGACUAAUAAAGACAGCUCAACAUACCAAAGAACACUCAAUAUCGAUGGAACGCUUGCUGGUGCAACCACUCCCGACUCUGUGAUUGAUCCGAGUGAGGAGAAGCUUAUUGAAAGAGAAGGGCAGAAUUUACAAAGAAAACUCAUGAAUCAAAAACAGUUGUCUGUGAUACAUCAAGAAAGAACCAAAGAUCUUUCCUCAGCGGAUUUCAUGUUUAAAAAUGUUGAUGAAUAUGCCGGUUCCUUAGCAUCAAGAAUUGUGUCCGAAUCUAUUCCACAAACGGUUAAAAUCUUUGAUCCAUCUGAACUGUAUGCACAGGAUCUUGCCAGUACAAUAAUACAAGAGGCUAUGGACAGUGUAGGGAUGUUUAUGGAAGCGAAAGAGAAAUCAAUGCUUGAGAAAACGACAAAGAAACACAACUUCCUUGAGGCUGUUAUUGAAGACAAAGUAGAUGUUGUGGAGAGUAACUUUAAGCAGCGAGUUGAGUUUGAUGGUCCAGGUAUUUUUCCUGAUAAACCCCACUUUGUGGAUGCUGAAGAUGAAGAUGAUGAGAGGAAACCUAUGGAUACCUCUAUUUUGGACAAAUAUCGGAAGUUUAAAUCACCUAAGGAGAGUGACAAGCCUGACUUCUACAAAAUGAAAGGACGCCCAAAAUCAUUGGUCCGCAUCCUUAUCCCUGAGAAGGACACUGAGAUGCCAGAGUUGAAGCGGUCUGAUAGCCCUCGAUCGGUUGUGUCACGUUGGUCAGCAGUCUCCCACAGCACCCUUAGUGACAUGAGGUAUCGUCUGUUUGGAGCACGCGCACUAGCAACCCCGGACUAUUUCAAGAAAGAAGGAGCCACAAGCCUUCAAGGUGGCAUGCUACAUUUGCGUCAGGGAAAAGUCAGAAAGCCCCAUGGGGUACAGAGCCUUCCGGUUCCCGUGUCUCGUCUGUACAAGAGUGUGAAAUGGUGGCCAGAUGGGGCCCCAGAAAAUAAGGGGCUUGUCAAGGCGAAAAAGACGGAAUUAGGUGACGGGUUUAAAGAUCAGCUUGGACAAAUUUGGAAGUGGUUGGAUGUGUGGGAGGACUACGAGAAGAUUGCCCUUCUCAAGGAGUUGCUAAAACUGUGUGACCCUGAAGACCUCAACUUCCUUACAACACAUAUACAACAGAGGUUGCGCAACACACGUGACAUUAACAGGCUCCCUGACAAGUUGCUGCUGUACAUCUUCUCCUUCAUAUCGGCAGACCAGAUCUCCGCAGUGAAGAGGGUUUGCAGAAGGUGGCGAUAUUUGUGUGCCACUGAUGACCUGUGGAUGGUCAAGUGCCAUGAACUAGGACUGCAAGAAGGAAUACAGAAUCUAGACAGAAUGAUCAUGCGGGCUAAGGGUUAUCGUAUGGUCAUUGACUGGAAACUGGCAUACACAGAGAUCAAAGCCAUCAGUGACAACAUGAAAAAGGCACUGGAGAAGAAAAAAACAAAACCAGAUCCACAAAGGAGAACUGUCGAGUUCAAAGAACAGCUAGAGGCACUCAAACAUACAGACGAGUCAAAGGAAAUAGAAAAAACUCCAGUGAAAUCCCACUCAGACUUAGCCAAUCCCACAAAACCCAAACAUAUCGAGUCGGACACCUUGUCUAUGAGUUCUAGUGAUUUAUCAUCCAGCUGUUUGUCCCCUGUCCGGCCUAGCUUUGAGUUUAGAAAUCGAAUUGUCCCCUCCAAGGUUGCCCCUAGAGCCUCCCUAACUAGGGAGCAACUACAAGCAAUCAUUAAACAAUUAGUCAUUGAUCCUGAAGAAAAGGAGAAAGAACGAGCCAUCAGUCGGGGAACUCCAGUAAUAGUUGAACUUGAGGUUCAUAGAGGUACGCUGUCGGCCAUCCAUCGGAAGACACACGGAGACGACGAUGCGCAUAGUGUGGUGUCUGAGGAUCUGCAGGAAUUUGACCGAGAGUACCUGAUACAGUGGGAUACUGCCCCCGAGCGUAAGUCUCUGAAGUCUCUGCACGCUGAUGUCACGGACACAGACAUGGAGUUGCGAGCUGAUACCACUCGGUCAAGUGUAGGGGAUGAGAAACAAGAAACACUCAGACGACUCAAACCCGCCAUCAGGCCUGGAGAUGGAAUUGUGCGUCGUAAGAAAGAGAUGGUGGAUGAUGCCGGCGCUGACGAUGCUGCCUAUGAUAUCAGACCAGACCUUGUGCCUUCAUAUGAUAUAAUGGGUAAGGCUGAGUCGCGCUUGAGUCUACAGUGGCAACGUGAGCCUGAGGGCAGAGAAGAGGGGGAGGGGAAGCCCCGUAAAUCGCCUAGGUUUGUGGGCGAGGUCAGGAGCGUUCUGCGGGCUCGCAAACUUCAGGGUCACAUGAGCGGUAUAACAUGUGUGCAGUAUGAUCGUCGUCGACUGAUAUCAGCUGGUCUGGACAGAGUCAUCCGCAUGUGGGACAUACGCAGUGGACGCAGUCUGCAUAAAUUCCUCGGACACAAGGGUGGUGUGCGCUGUCUAAGGUUCUAUGGGAACGAGCUGGCCACAGGCUCUUGGGAUACAACUAUCAUGAUCUGGGACCUGCGUAACUUGUGCAGACAAUUUAUCCUCACAGACCAUUCUGACAGUGUCACCUGCUUGGCCAUGAGUGCUGACUUCAUGGUUUCAGGAUCUGACGACUGUACAGUGCGUGUAUGGCGGCGUACGACCUACUUCUGCUGUAAUGUGCUACGGGGCCAUAAAAUGGGCGUGACUAGCAUCGCCUUCGAUGGCAGCCAUGUUAUCUCUGCUUCCAAAGACGGGACUCUGAGACUAAGCAACAUUGUGACAGGGGACUGCGUGAAGACUUUUACUGGACAUCAUCAGCCAAUCUACACAGUUUCAAUGAAAGGACGGUUAAUUUUGAGUGGUGACAGUGCUGGGAGGGUGUUCUUCUGGAACAAGUCGACAGGGGAGCCAGAGGCAGCCAUUCAGGCCCACCCAGAGCCUGUGUACAAACUUGAGUACCUCAGUGGGAGAUUCUUCACAGCCUCGGGAGACAGCACCAUCCGAGAAUGGGACCUUGUCACAAUGACCAGUGUCAGACUUCUGCAGGGACACAAGGGCCCUGUGAAGGACCUACAGGUGACCUCUGACCGGAUGGUGAGCUGCAGUGAAGAUGGAAGUAUAAGGAUCUGGGACCUCUUUGACCCUCGCAAGAAAACAACAGAAGAAGAACAAAUACAACAGCUGCACCAAGAAUGCCCUUGACCUUUCUUUCUUCAGUCUGAGUCAAACAAAAGUCUGGCCUUCAAUGUUUGGUCAGACCUUGGAAUUGGUCAGACCUUUGGUUUUACCUUCAAAUUGCAUUUGACCUUCAUGGUCUGACCUUUCACCUUUGGUCUUAUAUGUCCAUUGAACUGUAUAAGUGUGUAGCUCGUCAUUUCCUUGAGUGUGGAUAUAUUUCGUUGAAAAAUGUGAUUAUAUCUCCUUUACAAGGAAAUAGUGGAAUUUUAAUGAAACAGAUGUAUAAGAACCGUAGUUCAUUUAAGCUUCAAAAUUCAGGUGUCAUAUCUCAAGUAUACCUUUAAAUCUCUUUUUGUUUUUAUAAAAUUUGUAUUGCACAUUUUGGCUUGUUUUGCCAUUAAAUGAAUGAAGCAAUAUAUUUUGUUUCAUUCUAUUCAAUCUUAAUAUAAUGUGAACACCUGGUUUUCGCUUACUUAUGACAAUAGAUUGAUUCCAUAAGAUAUCAAUUGUGUAAAAAACUGGUAAAUGCUCAGUUGUUUAAUUUAAAAUGUAAAAUGUGACAUAAAAUGUUUCAUUAUUCUAAAUCUAUAUGAUACUAGCAAUUAGUUUAAAUUUGGUUUUUAGAUAUUUUUUUGCAUUUUCACUCUGUAAUAUUUUUAUGUAAAAAACAACAACAUGAGUUUGAAGUGUGGUACACGUAUAUUAAGUAAAUGGAAGCAUGUUGUAUUCCAGUCACAGUAUUACUAUAAUUAUUAUAUUUCUUUUUUUGUAUGGUCAUAAUGAAAAUUUGUAAUCAAAAUAGUUUUUGAUGUUCUUUUCUUAUCAUCUUCUGUUAUAUAAUCAAUGAUAAAUUCAUAAAUAUUCACGGUUUAUUAUAUUUGCAAAAAAAAAAAAAUUAGCAUUUAGAUGAAAAAAAUCAUUUAUUUUAAUACAUUUUUGUUUCUAAAUUGUUAAUUAAUUUGAUAACGAGCAUUGUGGACCUUGCAGAUUUGACAUAUUUAUUAUAGCUUAAAUUGUAGUCUAAAUUAGAUUCACAGAAAGAUGCAAUAAAAAUCCCUAUUUUACACUUUGAUUGCUUGUGAAAAUAUGUGUUACUUAAAUAUGGGAUCUCUUAUAUAAUACACAAUUUUUUUCAAUAAGCUCAGGAAAUAUGUCUUACUCUUUCCUCCUUAGUUUUAAAUGGAAAAUGUCCUACUGCAUUAAAAAAAAUCUCCAUUAUCAAUACAAAAUGAGAAAUUAACGUAUAACUUGCUAGAAUAUUGCCUAUUAAGCAAUUAUUUUCUUCAAUUAAUUUGUUUAUAAACAUGUAGAGUGAUAUAUUUUCUGACCAAUAGAAAUAGAGCAAUGUUAUAUUACACAUGUGUAAUACAGAAAAAUAUGUGAUGGCUAUAUUCAACCAGAAACAACGUGUAGCAUGUGAUUAUAUACUAUUAUUAUUAUACCCCCUAUACCCCCGACAAACAAAGUUUGAAGGGGGUAUAUUGGAGUCCCCCUGUGGUCGGUCGGUCGGUCUGUCCGUCUGUCAGUCCGUUGCAAUUAACCUUGUCCGGAGCAUAACUUAAAAACUACUGGAUGGAAUUGGAUUAAACUUCAUACAAUGAUAGAGCAUAAUGAGAGGAAGUGCAGUGUACAAUAACCAUAACUCUAUUCUUGCUUAUUACUGAGUUAUUGCCCUGUGUUACUUUUUUUUGUCCAGAGUAUAAGUUGAAAAGUACUGGAUGGAAUUCAUUGAAACUUCAUACAAUAGUAAAGCACAACGAGAGGAAGUGCAGUGUUCAAGAACCAUAACUCUACUUUAGCUAAUUACUGAGUUAUUGCCCUUUAUUUUAUUUUUUUGCUGUCAAACUACUAGAUGGAAUUUAUUAAAACUUCAUAUAAUGGUAAAGCACAAUGAGAGGAAGUGCAGUGCACAAGAACCAUAACUCUAUUUCAGCUUAUUACAGAGUUACUGCCCUUUGUUACUUUUUUCUUGUCCGGAGCAUAACUUGAAAACUAAUUUCAAUUUGAAUUUAAUAAAACUUCAUACAGUGCUAGAUCAUACUGAAAGGGAGUGCAGUGUACAGGAACCGCAAUUCUAUUUCAGCUAGUUACAGAGUUACUGCCCUUUGUUACUUUUUCUUGUCCGGAGCAUAACUUGAAAACUAUUGGAUGGCAUUUAAUAAAACUUCAUAAUGUGAUAGAUCAUAAUGAGAGGGAGUGCAGUGUACUGGAACCGCAAUUCUAUUUCAGCUCAUUACAGAGUUACUGCCCUUUGUUACUUUUUCUUGUCCGGAGCAUUACUUGAAAACUAUUGGAUGUAAUUUAAUGAAACUUCAUACAGUGAUAGAUCAUAAUGAGAGGGAGUGCAGUGUACAAGAACCGCAAUUCUAUUUCAGCUAAUUACAGAGUUACUGCCCUUUGUUACUUUUUCUUUUCCGGAGCAUAACUUGAAAACUGUUGGAUGGAAUUUAAUAAAACUUCAUACGGUGAUAGAUCAUAAUACGAGGAAGUGUAGUGUACAAGAACCGCAAUUCUAUUUCAGCCAAUUACAGAGUUAUUGCCCUUUGUUAGUUUUUAAGCAUAACUUUAAAAAUUCCGGAUGGAAUGUAAUAAAACUUUAUACAAUGGUACAGCACAAUGAGAAGGAGUUCAGUGUACAUGAAUCACUACACUAUUUUAGCAAAUUACAGAGUUAUUGCCUUUUUCUGUGUUUUUUUUUUUGUCAAAUUUUUGUCCGGACAUUAACUUGAAAACUACUAGAUGGAAUUUCAUAAAACUUCAUACAAUGAUAAAUCAUAAUGAGAGGCGGCGUUCGGGGGUAUUAAUCACCAUCAGUGAUAGCUCAACUGUGCUCAACUUUGUUGUAUUUUUAUUUGAAAAAAUGUGAUAGAUUCGUAAAUAUAUAAGAUAGCUGUUUACUCAUGUUCAUUGAAUACCAUUAGUAUUUCAUUUUUUAAUCUUAAAUUAUUUGAAUAUUACAAAAACAUACUGAUUGAAUAUAUUUAUGAUGGCCAUGUAGUGUCCUUUACACUUUUAAAUCUGCGUAUCAUGUUUGCUCUUUCAAACAUUGAAAAACUGAAUAAUUAAACACAUUUUCACAGUAUGUAUCUCAAUUUGAUCAAGUCGAGUGUCAUGGUUUCGCAUGGUUUUGUUUUGAUAUUUUGUUAUGAUAUGAUGAUGCUUGCAUUAUUCCGGUUUAUCUUUAUGCAGCUGUCAUUUCAAAUAAUUGUGAAAUGAAUCUUGUAAAUAUUUGUUAUAAUAUCUAAUGUUUAUUUUGUAAACAAAUGGUUGCCUGGCUAUAAAAGAAAUAUUAAAAGAUAAAGUGUCUCUUAAGACUGGUUUCUUUAAUGGCUUGACCAUUAUUGCAACCAUACUUGGUAUAUACAUAGAGUUUAUGUAGACCUUUCCUGGGAUUGGGUUUAGGGACUCUAGGAUAGGUUAAGGUCAUUGUUACUUAAAUAGAUAAUCGUUUGGUACUGAAUAACUUUAGCUAGGGUUGACAUAUUGUUACCAAAUUUGGUAUGUAUGAAGAGUUUAUAGAGGACUUCUAUUCCAUUGCAUUUGGGAAUCCCUAGGGUCAAGGUCACUUUACUAAAAAUAGAAACAAACAGUUAAGACUGAAUCUCACAACAAAGGCUGAAGUUCUUCAUUGAAAACCUGGUUUCAACGCAUUGCGGCGUUUCAUGUUUACUUUUAAAUUUGAUUUUUUUAUUGUUUUGGCAGGCACAUUUUACAUUAUUGUAUUCAAUUCUAACUCAAAGCGGGAGUAUAAUCAAGCGCUUUGUCCUACAACAACUCUUUUAUGUUGCGCUUUAUAUUUCCUGGUUUAAAAAACAUAUUGCAUGUACAUGUAACAUUUAUUCUAUAAUUUAUCAUUUGAGGCAACCAGUUGUUUACUUCGUUUGUAGGGAUUAGAGUUACUACUUAUGACACUUGUGUACAUACAUGUCCUAUCCUCAAUUCUUUUUAGCUCAUCUGAGAACAACUUGCUUAUGGUGAGCUAUUGUUUCAAGGUGUUGUCUCUUGUCAACAUUGGCUUGUGAGCACUGGAACCUUGUGCAUUUUGCUUGUGAACACUGGAAUCCUGUCAACAUUUUGCUUGUGAACACUGGAAUCCUGUCAACAUUUUGCUUGUGAACACUGGAAUCCUGUCAACAUUUUGCUUGUGAACACUGGAAUCCUGUCAACAUUUUGCUUGUGAACAUUCAAACCUGUCAAUCCAUAGGCUGAAAUUUAUUUUUCCCAAAAAAAAUCUUGGCCAUAUGUUUGAAAAAAACUUUUUACAUUUCUAAUGACCAUUUUUUUGGUAUUAAAAAAUCUUUUGAAGUUUCUACAGAAAUAAUUUUUGUAUUUCAAAGCCUUUUUAUGUUUUUAAAGAUCAUAUUUGGGUAUAGAAUUAAAAAAUAUUUAUGAUCAAAAGCCAUGCACUUAAAUUUUUACAAAGACAAUGAAAUUGUGUAAAAAUGUUUGUCCUCAAGGAGUGCCCCAGCAUAUUGUUUAGGCCAAAUGUUAUACCAUAUCUUCAAGGAGUGCCCCAGCAUAUUGUUUAGGCCAAAUGUUAUACCAUAUCUUCAAGGAGUGCCCCAGCAUAUUGUUCAGGCCAAAUGUUAUACCAUAUCUUCAAGGAGUGCCCCAGCAUAUUGUUUAGGCCAAAUGUUAUACCAUAUCUUCAAGGAGUGCCCCAGCAUAUUGUUCAGGCCAAAUGUUAUACCAUAUCUUCUUCUAAACUUGGUCAAUAUGUUUUUAGUACUGCAAUCUAGGUCAAGUUCAUUUGAGGGCUUAUCAGUUCUUUCACAUCUCAUUAUAUCUUGAGUGAUAAAUAACUACCAGUAAAAGCCAUGAGUGCCAUCCUGUUAAGAUAUAUAUAUUUUUUAAAUAUAAUAAGUUUAAAAACUUACUGACAUUACUGUGAGGACACCUGUGGUCUUAUGGAUCUUUUUGGUUUUAUCAAAUGAUGGUUUAUAGUUUUCUGAAUAUUUAGUUUGUAAUGUACUUUUCAGACAUUUAAUAAGUUUUAGAGUUUACUUAAAACUGAUCAUUGUAAAAAAAGGCUUACCGGUAUAUUUAUAAUUUCUAUGGUCAAUUCUGAGUGUUAGAUGAAUAAUAGAAGUAUCCAUGCUGAAUGUAAUACAUGUUUGUGUAUUAUUGUGAUAUAUUUUUUGUGAUUAGAGCUAAUAUCAAACAAUUUGUUUGUUGUUUCUGAAAAUAUACUCAAGCUUUCAUAUUUA